AUGCACACCCAGCUCCCACCAGAGCUCUACGAACCCAUCGUGAACGCCAUUUCAACAGUGGAUCGCAAAACGCUGCUCGAAUGCUGCCUCGCUGCCUCCGUCUUCCGCCGGCCGUGCCAAAAGCGGCUGUUCAUGCACCUCCACAUUUCGCCAACUCCCCCAGGCCACUCUUACGCCGCCGUCGCUGCAAAACUGGACCAAUUCCCCAAGUUAGUGGACUACUGCACCAAUGUUCACGUUGUAUUUCCGAGCUGUGAUUCGCCCGAAUGGGAGGCUGAACGACCAAUCGCAGAGGGUGUGCUUCGUCGGCUUGCAAACAUCCGCAUGGCCAACCUCCUCAUGCGCUUCCCCAGCUCAGCGACGCCAAACCCCGGAAAUUUUAUCAUACAAGUUACCCAGUGGCUGCUGGGUGUUUUUGAGGCGCAUCACCAGCUCGAGCGCCUCGAGUCCUCCUCUCUGCUUCUGACCCCCACGUUGUUUGCACAAUGGCUUGUGGGAGCACCAAAAGCUGCCUUGCGCUACGCCGACAUCUUCACUGAUCAGCUCGCGUCUCCCGAUGUACUCCCGCCUGUGCCUCCCAGGCCACUCACUCGACUGUUGAUAUCCGGGAGCGCCGGCCCGUGUGUGCUCUUGGGCCGGCCCGAGCUCCAGCCGUACCUCCGAUCCGUUCGCGAGCUGGUGCAAAGUCUUGUAGAGAUUCAAUCACAACUCUCCGCUUGCUUCACAAUGGCCCCCAUCGUUGAGCGGUUUGAGUGUCAUUUUGCAUCCGGGGCUUUGGACUGGAAGGCUUUGCGUCUCCCAACCCAUUUCCCGCGUCUCCGCCACCUAACCUUGGGUAUCCACUCGCACGACCUCCCACCCUUACUGCCGGCUCUGGUCCAGGAUGGAGUCCCAGUGUUGAUCGGUCUUCGACUAGAACUUUAUGUCCGGACGCUGCUUCCCGAACAGCUCGACAAAUCGCUCAACUCUCAGAGUCAACUGUGGUUAGAGCUCGAUAACGCGCUAGCCACACACGGGACACUCACGACUGCAGAGUGGUUCUUGUCGUCCAAGUUCCCCGAAGAAUUCCCGGCAGUUCGGACGGAGAACAAAACGGCGCGAUAUGCGCCAGUGGCAGCCUUCUCGGGGAAGUUGGCAGAGCGGCUGCCCAAAGCUUGGGAGAGAGGCUUGGUGGUGGUGGACGGGGUCACCAUUGGGGUGGCUUUUUGA